UCCCAUGUUAAUUCACUGAUUCGCCUUCGAUUUUCUUGCCAUGCUUCUUAGGUCUUGUUCUGAGUCGGAUACGAUGAAACGGAAUUUUUUUUUUUGUUUCCUUCGGUUUUCUUGGCUGUAGUUGUUUGUCUGUUGAAUUUGAGGUGACGAUUGACGAGUCGUUUGUGCUGGCAUUGAUACGCGCUUCUGUCCUGUUGUGGCGUGAACUGGGUGGAAUUUCGCUCUGAAUAUUGAUAUUGCCUCCUGGGUUUGUUUUCUCUGCCUGGAGUUUGGGAACUUUCUGGUGUUCCGCUGGUUGUCUGGACUCCGGUUUCUGUGAGGUCUUGAAAGAUGACCAUGUAGUAGAAGAAGAUUAAUCCGUGGUAUGUAUUUUGAUACGCUGGAGCUUCGCUUUGACAUUUGACAUGGAAAAGAAACGAACAGACGAUUGCGAAGUGGGGCCACUACCUUCACCGAGACCAUUGGACAGAUUUGGUUUCGUCAAGCAGGAUGUAAAUAGCUCUCCUGAAGGCGUAAACAAGGGGAAGUCAAAGGAUGAGUUUGAAAGGGAGGAAAGAAGGGUUAAGAAAUGGAGGAAGAUGAUUGGGGUUGGAGGUAGUGAUUGGAAACAUUAUGUUAGGAGGAAGCCUCAUGUGGUAAAAAGACGAAUAAGGAAAGGAAUUCCAGACUGUUUGAGGGGUCUUGUCUGGCAGCUGAUAUCUGGAAGUCGUGAUCUUUUGCUGAUGAAUCCUGGGGUUUAUGAGCAAUUGGUGAUAUACGAGACAUCAGCUUCGGAGCUGGACAUAAUUCGCGAUAUUUCUAGAACCUUUCCUUCCCAUGUUUUCUUUCAACAGAGACAUGGACCAGGUCAGAGGUCCCUGUACAAUGUUCUGAAGGCAUAUUCUGUCUAUGAUAGGGACGUUGGAUAUGUUCAGGGCAUGGGCUUUGUAGCUGGGCUAUUGCUUCUCUAUAUGAGUGAAGAAGAUGCAUUUUGGUUAUUGGUAGCAUUACUGAAAGGAGCUGUUCAUUCUCCCAUGGAAGGCUUGUAUAUGGUGGGGCUACCAUUGGUUCAACAGUAUCUUUUUCAGUUUGAUCACUUGGUGAAAGAACACUUGCCAAAGCUGGGGGAGCAUUUUAGUGAAGAAAUGAUAAAUCCCAGCAUGUAUGCAAGUCAAUGGUUCAUCACAGUGUUUGCGUACUCUUUCCCAUUUCACCUGGCUCUUCGAAUUUGGGAUGUUUUUCUCUUUGAGGGUGUCAAAAUUGUCUUCAAAGUCGGUUUGGCUUUGUUAAAGUAUUGUCAUGAUGAGUUGGUCAAAUUACCAUUUGAGAAGCUUAUUCAUGCUUUGCGUAACUUCCCUGAGCAUGCAAUGGAUCCAGAUACAUUAUUGCCGAUGGCUUACUCAAUUAAGGUAGCAAAACGCUUGGAAGAAUUGAAGGAGGAGUAUGAGAAGAGGAACGGAAAAGCACUUAAAUCUGCUGAGAGUGCUGCUAAACAGAACCACAAUAAAGGUUUCUCCUCGUAGAUAUUCAAGGCAGAACUUGCUCAUUCACAUGGAAGAGAAUCUCCCUGCUCUAUUUUUCGUGGCCAAUGAUGUCAACAGAAAUUCCAAAUAUGACCGAACGCUGUGGCUUGAUGUACAUUUCAUGAUUGGUUCAAGGUGAAGUUUGGCAUUAAAAUUGGAUCACGUCACCUCAAUAAGAGCGCAUUGCGAAGAAGCUUUCUUGGAGUGGGAAUAAAACGGGUGUCAUGCGCUUUAGAUGUUUGCUGAUGUUCUUCCAACUUGACACCGGAAGCUCUCACAGUGGUUCGCGUGACUUCCUUCCCAUCUCACGUCUCCUGGAGCUCGUGCUACGUUUGAGGCAUUAUAACUCGAGUACAAAAUUUUGUCAAUCCUGUGGCUUAGGUUUCUUGUUUGCCCUUCAUCUGCGGCUACUGUUUGAUCCGCAAGAGGUACCACGGUUGCUCCUGUGUGCUUACUGCUCGGUGUGGCCAGAUGCUCUGUUGUUUGCUGAAGUCGUCCGAGUGAUUCACUCGUCUCUCUGAUUAUUUUCUUGCUUCGAUAGCUUCUCGUAACCGUGAUUUCUUCUGGGAUUGCUCCUCUACACAUUGGUGCUAGCAAAGAUGGAGGGGGUUUAUUGACCA